GAGAUCCAUGACUGCCCGCCUUGUUGAGUGAAUGUUGUCUGCUAGGGUAGAAGAGUCUAAUUCAGCUGACCUCUGCUCGGGCGCUCAGGGGUGCAGCGCGCUUUCUCACAGCAUCCUUUUGCAUGAGGGCGGUCAUAGCAGUAGCAGAGACGUGACCUGGACGGUUUCUUCUUCUGUCGGGGCGGGAGUAAGAAAGCGCCUCCCCUUCUGUCUCCUCUGAAACAGAAUUUUAUGUAUGACAAGGAAAAAUGAACGCCACCAUGAGCGAGGAGCCUGAUGCAUUAGCUGUAGUUAACCAGCUGAGGGACCUGGCAGCUGACCCCCUAAAUAGAAGAGCAAUUGUCCAGGAUCAGGGAUGUCUACCAGGCCUUAUUUUAUUUUUGGACCAUCCCAAUCCCCCAGUUGUCCAUUCAGCCCUGCUGGCUCUCCGCUAUUUGGCAGAAUGUCGUGUCAACAGAGACAAGAUGAAAAGUGAACUAGGUAUGAUGCUGAGCUUACAAACUGUCAUACAAAAGACCACAACACCAGGAGAGACAAAGUUGUUGGCUUCUGAAAUCUACGAUAUUCUUCAGUCUUCCAGCAUGUCCGACGUUGACAAUGUGAAUGAGAUGAAUUCUCGGCGUAGGAAAGCUCAGUUUUUCCUGGGAAGUACAAAUAAACGUGCUAAAACAGUAGUGUUACACAUAGAUGGCCUUGAUGAUUCGUCUCGUAGAAACCUGUGCGAAGAGGCCUUGCUGAAAAUUAAGGGGGUCAUCAGCUUUACAUUUCAAAUGGCAGUUCAAAGAUGUGUAGUCCGAAUCAGAUCUGAUUUGAAAGCAGAGGCACUGGCAACGGCAAUAGCAUCAACCAAAGUUAUGAAAGCCCAGCAAGUUGUGAAAAGUGAAAAUGGAGAAGAGAUGCUGGUUCCAUUCCAAGAUACGCCUGUAGAAGUAGAACACAAUACUGACCUCCCUGAGUAUUUGCCAGAAGACGAAAGCCCUUCAAAGGAGCAAGACAAAGCAGUGUCCCGAGUUGGGUCGCACCCAGAAGGUGCAGCCAGCUGGCUGAGCACAGCUGCAAACUUUCUCUCCAGAUCCUUCUAUUGGUGACUUUGAAUCAAGGCUAAAGGACUGUGUGAACCAAUGUGGGACCGGUUUUCCAUUGGUGUGGUGAACUGCCAAGUGCAAUUUGCAAUAAGUUAUCACAACAAAUUUUUAGACUACACAAAACAUAUGCUGUGUGUUACAUUUUAUUGGACAUUUGGCCUUUCAGGCCAGUGAGAAGGAUGGAGGCCUCAAAUCAAGGCUUGAUAAUGCCCUUGCCCUCACCUCUGUUAUGUUUUAUUGCCUCACUUUUUAAAUAUGGGUCCAUGAUUAACCAAACAUUGUUGAGUGUAUAGAGCUUUAAGUUAAUAUUCAUGAUAAACCCACACAGAACCCAUUCAGCUCAAAUCUCAGGACACCUGUAAAAGAAAAUGGCUAGAUCUUAAUUCUGCAUGGAUUAAAAUGCCUUUUUUCUUUUUUUUUUUGGCCUUAUUUCGGAUUAUAUAUUUCCUCUGGAAGGUCACCGUAAUGGGGGAAAAUCUGAAUUGUUUACCAUUUAUAUCCUCAACCCCCUCCCAAAAAGCUCUGUUCAGAGUUGGUAUGUCUUGUAUUGCAACUUCUUCUUGUAUUGCAACAGGAAUGCUUCAGACUUGAACUUCAUAGGCUUUGAUGUGCUGUUUUUUUUAAUUGUCAGCCCUUGACCACUUGUAAUUUGAACUUUAGUUAAUGAAUUAAGAUGGAAACGCGUGUGUGCAGCUAUACAGUAAAUAAUCUGUAAAAAUAAUGCUUACAAUGAUGGUUGUUUUGUAAACAUGACCAGAAACCACUGAUUGCAAUUUAAAGAAUUGGAUAAAGAAGCUCUGGUUUCAAAAGUUGCAAUCUGCUCCAAAGGUAUCUUGAUUGCAGAUUUUGUCUGUGGUAAAAAGUGUGAUGUUGGCCUUAUUCAAAUAUUGUUUUCAGUUGAUUCAGUGAGAGCUAAAAAUGUAACAUUGUGGCCAGUGGGUGCGGAUGGGAGUUAAAUGCCUAUUAUACCAUAGUGCCACUGCCCUACACUUUAAACUUCUGUUGCAUAGUGAAAAUUUAUAUAAAACCCCUGUUGCCUUUUGUGCUUCUGUAUUCUACUUUUAUGUCCUAUGUGAACAGGCAUGAAAUAUGGAGCAGUCUGAAAGUUGGUUGUAGAGUUAGGAGCAGGGCAAAGGUCAGCUUGUGCCUGAUGUCCAGAGGUGUGGGCAUCUUAGAAAAGAUGAAACAGUCCCUGAAAGAGUACUAACCUAGUCUGGACAACAAACACACCCAUACCUGAACAGUUGUUGUGGUGCAAACAAUUUAGAAGUCCAAAGGUGCUAGGAUCAUCACAUCUUGUCUCUGCCUAGCUUCCAGAAAGGACAUACAGGUAAAUAUUCAGUAGGCAAACUAUUAAGCAUAGCAAUUAAAUCACUGAAAUCUAAUCUGCCAUUUUUCUCAGUGUGUUAGGAAAAACUCCAGCGCUGUUCAUCUGCACCACAGGAAUACAGCUGUGAAACUAAUGCUUCUCUAAAGCCAAUUCUGCAGUGCUUUUUGUGGUGUGAACCAUACCAUACAUAUUUUGACUUAAAUCGGUGACUUUAAAUGUACUGGGGGAGAGCUUUUGCCCCUUUGAAGGUCUUAUUUCUGUGUAUUACAGCAGCAGCAGCAGCAGCAGCAAUUAAGUAGCAUCAUGAAACUCGUAUUAGCCAAAACAACAUUGCAGGGGCAAAGUGAAACAUACAAACAAUAAAUAAAAGUUCACAUAAAUUCAGUUUUCUUUAGAGGUAAAGAGCUUACUUUCAGAUUAAAUUAUUCUUUCUAUUUAACUUUUCUAGUUUAUUUGGUUGAAGUUUACAUGCACAGAAUACAAGCUUUCUAAGGCAUGUAUUGUAUUAAAGUAUGUAUUACUAAGCAUAUUGCUGUCUAGAAUGUUACAGUACCAAAUGUGUUUGCAAAACCCUCUGUUGUAUAGCCAUGGAUCAAUGUUUACUUUUUGUUUCAACAUCUCUCUCUGCAUUUUGCAUUGCCGCACACCCACUACACUACAUAAAACUCCCCUUUGCAUAUUAAUGGUUCAGUACAAAUAGAUAUUAAAACUUGUGUGUUCAAUUUGUAGGUAUGCUUUUUGGGGGGUCAGAAUUGCAGCUUCUCAAAGCAUCUGUAAAAGAGCUUUUGAAAUAUUGUAAAAUAAAAAUGUAUAUAA